CCGCGGAGUACCAACCAGGGACAAACUUUGAAUGGAGAAGCCAAACUUGAGAUUUCAUCUGCUUGACUUGUGCCGCGCGUCUCACUCCCCGAGGAGGGAGACGGAGGAGGAGGAGGAGAGAGGGAGGGAGAGACGGUGGGAAAACGCUGCUGAAGUGCUCCUCCAGUGAAGAGACAUUUCAUCACUAGCAGGGAGUCUGAGGGAUACAGACAGAGUGAGAUGCAGAGCUAAGAAAUCAGGCAAAGUAAGCAAGGAGUUAGGACUGGGAGAUGACAUACGUCUACUGUCAUGUUGUGAUGUCCUCUGGGGAGCGUGCAGACACACGAGUUGCCAAACACAAACACACACUCGAGCCCGGGCUCAGUGUGCACUCCUACAGGUGCUGAGAGCGGAAAAGAGACAAACACAAACAGUGAAUAAAAUCGACAGUGGGUAGUAACGGGAGGAGCAUGGAGCGGCAGCAGCAGGAUAACGGCGCAAAGUGCAGGCAGUAGGUUGCCACCAUGGCCACUCUCCAGAGACGGUCACCUUCCUUGCCUUGGCCUCAUCUCUUCCUCCUCCUUCUCUUCCUCCUCCUCCUCAUCUCCUCCCCACAGCCUCUGCAGGCCCGGCCACUCCAAGUUCACCAGUACAUCAACGUGGCCGUGGUGUUCAGCGGCUCCAGCUACCAGAAUGAGGUCAGAGGUCGCCUCAGUGGGGAGAACUUUGUAGACCUGCCAGUGGUGGUCAGUCCGGUGACCGUGCUGGUCAACGACACCAACCCCCGUGAUCUGCUGACGCGGCUCUGCGAUACCAUGGCGAGCGAAAAGUUGCAUGGUGUGGUGUUUGAGGAUGAUGUGGGCUCGGAUGCAGGUGCUCAGGUGGCAGAGGUGGCACAGAUUUUGGACUUCCUCUCUACCCAGACAGCUCUACCCAUUGUGGGGAUUAGUGGGGAUUCUGCAGUUGUCAUAUCAUACAAGGCUGAAGGAUCUUCCUUCCUGCAGAUGGGAGCUUCUCUGGAGCAGCAGAUACUCUGCAUGUUCAAGAUUAUGGAGGAGUAUGACUGGGGUGAGUUUGCUGUAAUCACUAGCCUGCUGCCGGGAUACGAAGACUUUGUGGAUAUAGUCGAAUCUUACACAGACACCUCCUACUUCGUGUGGGAUCUGCAGAAAGUGCUGUCUCUGGAAAUGUCUGUUGGUGCUAACGAUGUGAAGGUCAAACGCAUGUUGCAACAGGUGGAUUCCCAGGUCUUACUGGCAUACUGCUCCCACGAGGAGGCUGAGUUCUUGUUCAAGCAAGCGGCUGAAGUAGGCCUGCUGGGACCGGGCUACAUCUGGAUCCUACCCAGCCUGGCCAUAGGCAACCCUGACGGCACUCCACCUCUAAGCUUUCCCGUUGGUGUGAUUGGCGUGAUUACAGACCAGUGGAGGAAGAGCUUGCGGCAAAGGGUCAGGGAAGGUGUUGCCAUUGUAGCAAAAGCAGCAGAGAGCUUCAAGAAGCAGUAUGGCUUUCUUCCCGAGGGACAUGGUGACUGCCACAAGCCAGCUAAGAACUCAGGAAACAUCACUCUAUUCAGGCACAUGAAAAAUGUGACAUGGGAAAGGAAAGACCUGUCGUUCAACAGCCAAGGUUUCUUGUCCAACCCUUCCAUGGUCAUCAUUGCACUGGAUCGAGACAGACAAUGGGACAAGGUGGGUACAUACGCCCGGGGGAUUCUGCAGGUCCGCUACCCUGUCUGGCCGCGUUACGGCAGCUUCCUGGAGCACGUGUCUGAUGACCGUCACCUGACCGUGGCCACGCUGGAGGAGCACCCCUUUGUCAUGGUGGAGAAUGUGGAUCCAGGCACCGGCACGUGUGUUCGCAACACAGUACCCUGCAGGCGUCAGGCCAAUCAUAGUGACGGCCUUUUGGGCCUCUCGCAGGCGUACACCAAACUGUGCUGUAAGGGUUUCUGCAUAGACAUCCUGAAGAAGCUGUCCCGCACCAUCAAGUUCUCCUAUGACCUCUACCUGGUCACCAAUGGAAAGCAUGGAAAGCUGGUCCAUGGAAUUUGGAAUGGCAUGAUUGGAGAGGUUGUGUAUAGACGAGCUGACAUGGCCAUCGGUUCUCUCACAAUCAACGAGGAACGUUCUGCAAUCAUUGACUUCUCCGUGCCGUUUGUAGAGACGGGCAUCAGUGUCAUGGUUGCCCGUAGCAAUGGGACCGUUUCUCCAUCUGCCUUCCUUGAGCCUUACAGCCCCGUGGUUUGGGUCAUGAUGUUUGUGAUGUGUCUGACUGUGGUGGCAGUGACAGUGUUUGUGUUUGAAUACUUCAGUCCGGUUGGUUACAACCGCAGUCUAGUCAGCGCCAAAGCUCCCGGAGGGCCAACAUUCACCAUCGGGAAAUCAGUGUGGCUGUUGUGGGGCAUCGUGUUCAACAACUCGGUCCCCAUUGAAAACCCUAAAGGAACAACCAGUAAGAUCAUGGUCCUGGUCUGGGCCUUCUUCGCCGUCAUCUUCCUGGCCUCUUACACUGCCAACCUCGCUGCCUUCAUGAUCCAGGAGCAGUACAUUGACACUGUGUCCGGGCUGUCAGACAAGAAGUUCCAGAAACCACACGAGCACUAUCCCCCUUUCCGCUUCGGGACGGUCCCAAACGGAAGUACGGAGAUGAACAUCCGCAGUAACUACCCCGAAAUGCACGCAUACAUGAUGAAGUACAACCAGAAGGGGGUGGAGGAAGCCCUCACCAGCCUCAAAAUAGGGAAGCUGGACGCCUUCAUCUAUGAUGCUGCUGUUUUGAACUACAUGGCUGGAAAGGAUGAGGGCUGCAAACUGGUGACCAUCGGCAGCGGGAAAGUGUUUGCCACCACCGGGUACGGCAUUGCUCUGGAGAAGAACUCCCACUGGAAACGGCCCAUCGACCUGGCGCUGCUGCAGUUCCUGGGAGAUGGUGACACAGAGCGUUUGGAGACAGUUUGGUUAUCAGGCAUCUGUCAGAACGAGAAGAACGAAGUGAUGAGCAGCAAGCUGGACAUCGAUAACAUGGCGGGCGUGUUCUACAUGCUGCUGGUGGCAAUGGGCCUCAGCCUGCUGGUGUUUGCCUGGGAACAUCUGCUCUACUGGAAGCUGCGUCACUCGGUGCACAAGUCUCACAAACUCGACUUCCUGUUGGGAAUCAGUAGGAGUAUCUAUAGUUGUUUCAAUGGUGUGGAAGGGCCCGAUCAUUCAUCUGGUUUGCCCAAACCUGACCUAACAUCCAAUUAUGCUCAAGCAAACAUGUUGAAGAUGCUUCGCACUGCCAAAGACCUUGUCUCCACUGCCAAUGUCGAGAGCUCCUUGGACAAUGCCACAAAGACCAUACAACAGAUGAGCCGCCAUGGUGGCAGCUUGCCCGUACAUGUUCCACAGAUGGCCACAGAUACCAUACCUGGGGGGUUCGCUUAUGUGACAGAGAACCACUGUGGUCUUCCUCAGCAUUCCCUCACCCCACCUCUGACUGUUACCUCUCUGAAACAACAGAGGAAUCUAUCCAGGCCCACGCCACUGCGUUACACUCUUCCAACUCGCUCUACUUCCUGGCUGUAUGACCGGCCCCUUCCUGUGUCGAGCCUCAGCAGCCCACAUUUGGCUAUAAGUGAACCACUCCCUCAUAAGCACCCCCAUCACUACCAGACCGCUGGAAGGCUUUAUGUAGAUACUCACCCUCGCUCUCCCUUUAUCUCCCAUCCUGAUCUCCAACUGCCUGAUAUCUAUACAUCUCCCCUUGUCUCCACUGUGUCCCCACAAAACCAGCCAUCCCAUGGAGACUUCACCCAAAGGAGAAGGAGAUCCAAGAGUUUCCAGUGUGAUGAUGAGGAUGCAGAGAGGAGGAAACAAAGGGAGCCAGAAAACAAAGCCCCUGUCAGUUUUAGUGAGCUAAAAGCCAACCAUCUCCAGGACAACCACAUCUCAACCCCAAGUGUUGAUAAUAUCUACACAGAAGAGGUCAUGUGCCCUCGGACAGAGAACUACAGUUCCUGGCCCCCUGAGGACCUUCUGCUUAGAGGUCGGCGAAGGCAACGUCGCCCCUCUUUUCUUAAAGCUACUUGGGGCAGCGAUCAGAUCUGUCCACUUGAGGAAUCCCAGUCAUCUCUUUCUGCUUCCAGUCAAUCACCUUCAACCCUUCCAGACCUGUUCCCAUGCCUUCUUACACCAGCGAUACCUGGCAAGACCUGCACCCCGACUCACCUCCGAAACAAUGUGUGCCUCCCACGUAACCAGGCCUACCUUCACAUAAGGCAGGACCAGCGGAGGCCUAAUGGACACAAGGGCCCCAAGUUGCGUUACUCCUACACCACCCACCUGCCCACAUAUGGAGAAGCAGUGCGCAGUGGGACUGGUUUAGGUCGGGGGAUGGUACGGAGAGCCACCAGUUUGCUCAGCAGACAAUACGCACACUACCUUAGCUCGUAUCCUGGGCUGCCUCUCUACCAUGGGCCUCUGGACUUGCAGCACCACAACCAGGGCUCCACCAGCCCAAACCCAGUGUGCCAGCUUCUGGCUUGUGGUGCUGGACAGUGUGGGGGCCAACGAGCUUUAUUGUACCAAGACAGUGUAUAUGGCACAUACGGGGUCUAUCAGGGGUCACAGACUGGAUCAGAGGCCCAGACAUGUCUGGGAGCAAGGGCUCAGCCAGUGGGUAGCCCCUGUGUACUCCGUCCAUGGAGACGAGUGUCCAGCCUGGAGUCUGAGGUCUGAUGGGAAACAAAACACGCCUCACUGGAUAUUUGUAGUAAUGGGGGACAGGAGACCUUCAAAUGGCACCUGUGGAGAGUGUCCUUUGUAGUUUAAUUCAUGUCUAAGAAACACUUAUAACUUGAACAAACAUGGUUUUCUAUGUGACUAUGAGUGGUGACAGAUAAAGAACAGAAACAGGUGUCAGAAUCAACACAGUUCACUGGUACAGUCAUUUCACUUCUACUUUCCAGUGACAAAGCCUGUAUGUUUUUUGUGCUUUAUUGUCCACGACAAUUUACAACAG